CAGUAUAAUUCAGUAUUUUAAACUUACAAUCUACAUCAACAUCGAUGAGGUCAUUACCUUGAACAUCAAUUGGGCAAAAGUGUGUUUCAGAAUACUCCUAACUGAUAAGGAGAGGUGAUCUACAGCUACUUGAAAAGGUGAAAUCCCAGCAAUAAUGGGUCGACACUCAAAGAAGGCUUUCUUGGUAAGAGCUGGAAUCUUGCUUCUUGCUCUGAACAGUGCAUUUGUGGCUCCAGCAACUAAUUUCACCAAUCAUCUCAAACCCCUUGGUACCACUGAGGAGAAGUAUGUUACCAAUGCUACCAAACUACUCGAUACCACAGAGGAAACGUAUGGUACAGAUGCCCCUGAACUACUCGAUACCACUGAGGAAACGUAUGUUACAGAUGCCCCUGAACUACUCGAUACCACUGAGGAAGUGUAUGUUACAGAUGCCCCUGAACUACUCGAUACCACAGAGGAAACGUAUGUUACAGAUGCCCCUGAACUACUCGAUACCACAGAGGAAACGUAUGUUACAGAUGCCCCUGAACUACUCGAUACCACUGAAGAAGAGUAUGUUACAGAUGCCCCUGAACUACUCGAUACCACUGAGGAAGAGUAUGUUACAGAUGCCCCUGAACUACUCGAUACCACUGAGGAAGAGUAUGUUACGGAUGCCCCUGAACUACUCGAUACCACUGAGGAAGAGUAUGUUACGGAUGCCCCUGAACUACUCGAUACCAUUGAGAAAGAGUAUGUUACAGAUGCCCCUGAACUACUCGAUACCACUGAGGAAGAGUAUGUUACAGAUGCCCCUGAACUACUCGAUACCAUUGAGAAAGAGUAUGUUACAGAUGCCCCUGAACUACUCCAUACCACUGAGGAAAACCAUGCUAUAAGCGCCUCUGAUCUACUUGGUACUGCUGAGAAAGAGAAUGUUAUGGAUACCCCUAAACUACUUGGUAGCACUAAGAAAAACCAUCCUAUGAAUGUCUUUAAUCUACAUGGUACCACUGAACAGAAGGUCGCUAGUUCUUACAUUUUGUUACUUAUCAUAGGCAUAUUAAUCGUUGUUUGCACAAUUCUGUUGGUAUUGACAAUCGCCUUUGCCUAUCAAGUAUCAAUUCUCAAGAAAAGACUGAGAAAAAGGUCGGUAAGAAGCAAUUCUGACUUCAUUAAAACAGCCAGCCUCUGGUCGAAUGGUGUUCCGCAGGUGCCAGAAGAGUCAGCAGAAAGCAAUGUCACACUUGAAGAAGCCAGACCUUUGAAAGCGGAGGAUGUAGCCUAGCUCUCUCAGGGCGUCAAAGCUGAAGUCCAGUUGGGGCAUAAAACUAAUAAAGUUAGCUGAGAAACCUGGCAAAGGAGACUGACCUCUGUGGAAGCUCAUUAUUUGUUAGCAAGUGUUAAUGUACAUAUUUAUCACAAAAGAAAUUUAGUCAAAUUAUCAAGAGUCAUUUAUCCACAUCCUCAGGAAUAUGCCUUCUGAUUACUUUCAUGAAUAACCGCACAACUCCAGAUUCCCACAUUUAUUCUAAGUGAUCAGAAUGUGGGUGAAAAGCUUAACUGAAGAAAGAGGUUACAAAAUUGGCUUGGCAAACCUGUAAUAAGAUUUAAUAAUAAUAAUAAUCACUUUGCAUUGAUUCCUAUCAGAAAUCUGGCAGGAAUCAAUGGAAAAUGAAUUUAGAAGACACAGUGGAAUGUUUCUGUUUGCAGUUUUCCAUUUUUUUGUAAGAAAGACACCUAUACUGUGCAGUAUAAGAAUAAAGUAAUAAGAUAAUCUAUUUUGUACAGCAUCUUAUAAAAUUCCAAGUCACUUGACAAUCAGUUGUGUAUGUGCAUUGUAGCUUAAGGACAUUGUCUCAAGAUAAAUGCAGAAACAAAUCAGCAGAUCCUGGAGCAUCAGUCGACAACGAAACAGAGUUAACGCUGCACACCGAGGAACUUACUUCAGAACAAUGUUUCAGGUUGUCAACAUGGGAGGUUAUUAGAUUUUCAAGAACUUAAGUAUGGUUCCCGUGUCUUUAUUGCUCCAGGAAAGUCUUCGUACAGUAAGUGUAAAUAUUAACUGAGUGAGGCACUUUACGGAUAGGCCAUUGUUAUUUCAGGUUGCUUGGUCUCAAAUUGCUCUGCAUUCCAAUUGGAUUCAGUUGAAUAAAUUUAGGGUAGUGGGAGAGACAGAAAAAAUUGGGAUAAUACUCGACAGCAUGUGAACACGUGAAACCCAAAAUAAGUGGCAUCCAUAAUCCCAACUACUUAGCAAAGGCUCCACCAAUUUAUCUGCAUUUAUCUACGUGUUUUGUAAAUGUCCAUCCAGUAUUUGAUGGCCACACAUUUUAUUUUAUCUCAAGAUACAGUGGAAAACAAGCUCUUCUGGCAAAUUAGGCACACUGCCCAGCAACCCACCUAUUUAACCCAAGCCCAAUAACAGGACAAUUUACAAUGACCGAUUAACCUACUAACUUGUCUUUGGAAUGUGGGAGGAAACCGGAACACCCAGAGAAAACCCAUGCACUCAUAGCAAGAACAUGCAAACUUCUUACUGAGGAAGCUGGAACUGAAUUUCCAACUCCCACGGCCCAAGAUGUAAUAGUGUCAUGCUAUUGUGGCACUAUUUAGCUAACUAUAAAUAAUAGAUUCCUACUAUGUCUGAACCUUCCCUAGUCAAAACAGAAAAUGCUGGAAGACCAGGUAACAUCUGUAAAGACAUAUUGACUGUUUGGAUACAUAAUCUAUACCUCAACUGAAAAUUCAAAUUUCCAUAAGAAUAUGAGAAUAAGUAAAUUUUAUACCCAUGUUGGGUUGAAUACAACCUGGGAGCUCCUGUAAGAUACACAUACAAAAUGCUGGAUGACCUCAGCAGGCCAGGCAGCAUCUAUGGAAAAUACAAACAUUUUUCUUCACUCAGAAUCUAAUAACCCACAUGAAAAUUCUAUUUCAAUUUGAGUUCUCUGUUAGUUAUAGGUAACCGAAGCAAUAGUUAUGAAAUUUUCUAAUUCAAAACAUUUGAAAUUUCAAAAAUAUUCUUAGUAAUAUACCUGAAUAUUUGUUCAAGAUAAAAUAAUCUCCUUGAACUGUUCACUAAUAAUGAUGACCAUGCAUAGCUUUAAAAAAAAGUCAAACUGAUAACUUUGUGUUCCUUUUGUAAACUGCAGAAUGAUAAACUAACAUCACAUCCAUAAAAUUAAGGGCACAAUCAUAAUUGCAUAAGUUACCGCAGUCCAUCCAUCCAGAAAGAUCAUAAAACCCCAUUACUUAUUUUACAUCCAAAUAUUUAUCAAAAGAAUCCAGUAUUUUUUUCUUAGUUCACAAGGAUUCACUCACUGUGCAAAGAUUUUCUUUAGUCCAACACAAGUAACACUUCUUACUGUCAUAGAUAUUGAACAUUCUAAAUAAUUUCUCCAUAAUUCCAAAACAAUAUCCAAGUUAAUCUUGACAGAUACUAGACUGCCAUGAAUAUAAAUAUGUUCAAUGUAUUAGAAUCAAGAAUGAGAGCAGCUGACAGCAAAGAGAAUUAAUCUUAGAAUAGUUCUGGAUGGUUAGGUGCUUGCUUUUCUAUUAUUUUAACUUAAAACUAGGAAUAUUGCCACUUAUUUUACUCACUACUUAGAGAAGCCAAAAAGUGCAUUUUUCAAAGAAAACCUGUUUUGUUAAAUGAACAAAAU